UUUUGUUUGUCCCAUAUAUUCUGCAUUACGGUACAGAGGCAGUGUAGCAUGGCCAUUAAAAACGUGAGGAUUUAUUUUACAUUCAUGGAUUGCUUACAAGAAAUGUAUCAUUAUAUUCGUUACUUUGCUGUUUUGUAGCUGAUAUUUUAAUGAUACGUGUUUCUAGUCCAGCAUGGGAGAUGAUGACAGUAUCAUGUCCCGGCUGUUUAAUACGAAGGCUCUGUUAGGGAUAGUUGUUGGAGCUGGGGCUUCCUAUGGCAUAUAUAAACUUGUGGCGAGUGGGAAGAGUGAUGCUAAUAAUGUCAAGAAAUCCAAAAACGGGACGAGUGAUAGUGGUCCCGAAAGGGGGGCUUCCAGCGGAGUGAUUCUGCAGCCGGGGACUCUGCUGGCCAAGGUUUCUGGGCUAAAUCUACUUCAUCAGAGCGAGACUCGGGCCGCGAAUAUGCCAUCAAGAGAGGUUUUAUCUCAGUCUCCUGGAACCCUGCAACCGCAUCACAUGGAGAUGCUCCUUACACUGCUGGAGACCAAUCCCAACCCUUCUGACAGAAUUCAAGUCUUGGUUACGCUAGGCAACGCUGCUGCCUUCUCCGUCAAUCAGGAGAUUAUUUGUGAAUUGGGUGGCCUUCACAAGAUUGCCAGUCUGCUGUCAGAUCCUGUGCCCGAUACCAGAGCGCACUGUUUGAAUGCUCUGAAUAAUUUGAGCAUGAAUGUUCGGAACCAAGAGCAAUUGAAGGUUUAUGUGCCACAGGUUUUGGAGUUGAUAGAAAUGUCACCAGUGAACUCUGACCUCCAGCUGGCUUCUCUAAGACUGCUGACCAAUAUGUCUGUCACCAAUAACCACCAACACCUGAUGAAGAAUUCUAUUACACUAUUUUUGUCUCUGCUGGUUGUAAGCAAUGAAGAAAUGCAGAUUCAGGUUUUGAAGGUCCUUGUGAAUUUGUCUGCCAAUCCAGACAUGAUGGAGGACAUUGUUCAAGCCCAGGCGCCGGCGUCCCUCGUCGUGCUGGUCGACGGCUGCACACACGCGCCGGUGCUCCUGCGGCUGCUGGCCUUCGUGGCGAACCUGCGCACCUGGACGCCGUCCGCACAGGUGGCCGACGCCCUGCGGCGCAGCAAGGACUCGCUGUACUGCGUGCUGCUGGCCCCGCCCUCCCAGCUCCACCACAGACUGCCACUGCUGCUGGCGCACCCCGACGACCAGGUCAGGACCCAGGCGGCCCGCCUCCUCGCCUAGAACGUGCCUUUUUCUUGAAACGCGAGGCCCGCCAAUUUUUCGACAUCCCUUCCCUCCCCCCCUCCCCCGCUCCCCCUCGAGCCUUGUAGGUGUGCAGUGCAUUUUAAAGACGUGGCUACUCGGCAAAAAACCCAGCAAUUUAGCUGUGACAACAGCCCACGCAGGGGUGUAUUUUUGUGUUACUGAAGUGACCCCUCACCGCCCCCUUUAUCCACUGCCAAAUAUCACAAAGCAAACAGAAUGUGUCCCAAGCCCCCUCUGUUCCCACUCAGAGCUGCAGCAGUAGUUGCUGUGGUUUCCACAGCAAAGCCAGCCAGAGGGAUGUACUGGUUGCGCGGGAGUGAAAUGGAGAAACGCACUUGCAUGCCUUCGGUUGCCGUGGCACCGGUGUGUCACAAGGACUCCCAGGAGUCCUAACUGUUCUCAGGCUGGUUUUCCUGAUCAGAGAUGCCAAGAGACAGCUAAUGUGCAAUUUUUGGAUAUGUCGUGUCCUCGUUGAUCAGUAGAAUACUAGACAAUGUUAAUUUUUGGUUUGUUCACCAUGUUAAGUAGUUUGUCUGUUUAUUUUCCACUGUUUUGUUUGGGUUAGAAUGAAUCGGAAUAGAAUGCAGAAUGAUUGCUUUUAAACAAUAAACAAUUCUGAAUGUGUGAAAAA